UUUAUAACACAAUAUUCUGGUACGUGCAGGAUCGAAUGUUUUAAAGAUAAUUAACCUAUAUAAAAAUUAUAUGUUUUUACAAGUUGUGGACCAUUUGUCAAUUUAUUAAUAUGUUGAGUGCGUGUAGACUGAUACUAUAAUUAAAAUCGGUAGUCAAAGUGCAGAGAUGAGCAAUUUUCAAGCUGAAGUGGAAUUAGUACAAUUUGCCCUUGUCACUUUUUUAAAAGAUAUAAUGUGAGCAAAGUAGUGCCAAUAGAUUGUAUUAAGAUUGAUUGUAACGAGCAAGAAGAUUUUAAUCCACUAAAUUGUUCAGACUUUUAUCCAAAGCAUAAAUAUUACGUACGGUGGUAUUACUGUGACAAACAGGGUAAUAGAUGUGAAAAUACAGAGUGCGAUCAUGAAUUUGAAAUUUAUUCAGCUUUUAUAAGAUGCUUAGGAGAAACUGAAGAAAGUGUUGAAAAAACUGAAAAAAAAGGUGGCUCAGAAAGGCAGGAACGAGAGAGUUUUAGAAAAAUUAAAAAAAUGUUUCGAAGUUCCAGUUCUUUUAGAUUCUCAGAAUAGAGUUGACGAUCUCAGAAAUACAAAUAAUCGCAAUGUUAAUGUUGUAAAAAAUGUAAGGGUACAAUUGGAAGAUUUUAUGUUAUUAAAGGAUUAAGCAUCACAAAAUAAGGCUGAUAGCCAAAAAGAAAACGCAAGCUCACCAACAAAUUCACAAAGUGCAAGAUCAAAGAUCAAGCCCGCUGUCAUCCAAUUUAAAUAAUUUUGUGUCAAGAAACACAUGCAAAAAAAGUUUGUUUGGCAGGUUUUCCUCUGACGGUUUGCAGUCAUUGGAAAAUAACAAUGCAGUAUCUUCUCCAGUGCCAUCAGCUGGUACAAUCAAUUUUGAAAAUUUGUUUCGAAAUUCAGGACAAGAAGAUCCACGCAGAAGGAGACCUUCAGGAUCCGAAGACAGCAAUGGAAAUCUAAUUUUAUCAGAAAAUAAUGCAAGUACUCAACUGGCAAGGUUAAGUCAGAGACAACAAAGUGCAGAUGAUGGGGAUUCGACAGCAGUUAAUCGUUCAGUGACACCUACGGUUCCGCUUGAAAAUAUACAUAAUAAUACUGCGAAUCUUGACGAUAAUGUAAAUGAUGACGUACAUGAUAACCAGGACGAAAUUAUUCCCAAUAAUAACAAUAUAGAUCAAAACGAAGAACUAAUAUCAGAUUCCGAGGGUGAAUGCAUCAGUUCCAGACAUUUGUGCUUGAAUGUAUCAGUCAUUAUGAAAAAGCAAGAGAGGGUCAUGCUCUGCAGGAAAAAGAAAAAAGAAACUCCAUAUCUGAAACUGGAGAGAUGUACUUGGGUGAAAACAUCACAAUUGAUAGAAUCAAAUGGGACCUUCUGCUAGUUGAAAAACCAUUAUAUUUUUUUGGUGGACUUGCGAUACACCUAUGGGGUGGGCCGAGACAGCUAGCCAAUAGAGCUCUGGACAUAUCUAAAGUCAAAGAAAAUAUACCUGGUAGAUCGCCAAUCGCAGUAAUUGAAGCAAAUCUUCUUCGUCUUCAAAUUAGUUUAUAUUUAGAUUUCCUAAAAAGAGAUAAAACUCUAACAAACGUUGAACGGGCAAAACUUUUAUCAGAAUCUAUAAAUAAUAUGAGAUAUAAAAUUAGAGAUUUACGAACUAAAGAAAAAAAAUGGCAAACAGAAACGUUCCGAGAAACGUUAAUGCAGCACAGAGGAAAAAAUGCGUUACAAUUUCAAGACUAAAUAAAUGUUUUAAAGUUUUUAUUAUUGUAUAUCCAAAUACGAAAAUCAUGAGAAAAAAAAAUUGUUAAUUUAGUUUUAAAAGUGGAACUAACUUAUCAAGUAAUCAUUAAAAAAACUAAAAUUAUUAAAAAUAAUUUAUAAAUCAUAAAAAGUAUUAAUAAAUUAUCUAAUCAACAUAAAAA